GUGGGCAUUUCCAAAUUCCUAAAACCCCGUCGUCAUCUUAGGCCGAUUUGCACCGCCGGUAUACUGAAAGCAGCACUGCUACUUGCUCGCAGCUAUGGCGUUGAGGAUUUUGAGGGCGGUCGAAGGUCAGACGGGUUCGAUGUUUGGGUUGAAGGCGAUGACUAAGGUUUUACCCCAUUCUUCGCCGAUAUCUGGGAUCAUGGACCGUAAGGAUUCCGCGCCGCCGCUUGUUCUGCCGGAGUUUAACCAUGAAUCUGAUAGGGAUAGGAUCAACAAUUGCAGUAUUGUGGGAUUUGGUUUCCCUAGUUUAUCUUUUUCCGGGUCGAUGGAGCUCAUGGCUGUUCCUAAGAGGAAGACUUCUCCACAUAAAAGGGGCAUAAGAAAUGGCCCAAAGGCUCUAAAACCUAUUCCAGUUAUAAUUCGGUGCAAGAGUUGUGGUAAGGUCAAGCUGCCUCACUUCUAUUGUUGCAGUGGAAGAACAGGGGAGCAGGAUAACUCAGCCAGAUGAGGCAAUGCAGGGCAAAAAGGACGGACUGUAAGCGCAUAAAUCCCCAAAUAAUCUUUCCCAUACAAAGGGGGCCAUAGUUUCCUUUUCGAGUAUUCUUCUUCAUUAGGUUCUUUGAAUUUUGCUUCUCUACUUCCCUUUCAAAAGGACGCAGGUUGUAAGAUUUAACAUACACCAUUGAUUAGCUUUUGAACACAUCCUUGCUCUGUACUUAACCAGCAAACUUAAGUUCUACCAUGUCUGAAAUGCGACUCUUUUAGCCUUUGUUCUUCUUCUUC